ACAACACCACAGUUUCACCACUCGAGACGCAGCAGAGGAAGUUUCCUUCAUCCUGUUGUUUCACACAGCACACGAUGAAAGACGGCAGCUUGUGUUUACAGUGAGAGACUGUUGAACUGUCGGUGGGUAAAAACUCAAACGCUUGAACAGUACUGGGCCAGGGUAACCAAGGCUGUAUCACUUUGACUCAUCACUGCUUCGCUCUCAUGAGCUGACUGUUGUGCAUCGCUCAUCGUUUCUUCUGCAGCAUCUUGCCAAUAUUCCUGAUAUUGAAUAUGAAACCUUCCUCGUGAAGCUCAGUUUCUGUGGGAACUGUUCUGGUCUUUUAAUUUAUCAUUUUCAGGAUGUGGCCUGAUGACAUAUGAAGUGUGAAAAUGUGUUUCCAGGGAAGUUACUCUAAAAAAGCGGCCUUCUCAGAUUCGAAACAAGAAACAAAUCAGUGAGAAGACUUCCUCAAAAGCCUCAUUUCAUCAUCCAGCUCUUUACUCUCUGCUCGCUCCUCUGACUGCAGCAGAGCCACAGCAGAAACUAAGGAUGGCAGUUUGGGACAAAAACCUUCUGUGGAGCUUCAUGUUCCUGCUGGCAGGUGCUGUGGGUCAAACUGUGAUCUAUCCUUUCACGUCUACCUGUGCUGUCAGAGGAUCCACUGUCACCCUCCCCUGCACCUUCACACCUCUGAAGUCUUUCAGUGAUGGUGGGAGAGAAGUUCCACUAAAGAUCGUCAGAGUCCGCUGGUGUCAGAACCAUGAGAUCUGUCAGGGCAGCACUCCGUCUGUGUUUGACAGUAACUCAACAAACAACGAUCCUCGUUAUCAAUAUCUGGGAGACAUGAAGACAAACUGCACUUUACAGAUCAGAGAUGUUCAGCAGGGAGACAGCGCAACCUUUCGCUUCAGGAUGGAAGCUGAUCAUCCUGAAGGACAUUUUACUAACACGACAGGAGUGACUGUCAGAGUUGAUGAUUCGACUAAAAUAAUAAUAAUCAGCUCCAGUGAUGAUAAAAAGUUGAGCAGAGGUGAAACCGUCACACUGCUCUGUGCUUCAGUCUGCACUUUCCACCAACUGGAGGUCACCUGGUUCAAAGAUGGCCACGGCCUCUCAGAGACUGGCCCCUCCCUCCACCUCUACUCUCUGACUGCAGAGGAUUCUGGGAACUACACCUGUGCUCUGAAGAAGAACAUGAAGACUCUGUCUGAGCCGUACAGCCUGCAGGAGGAGGCUGGAGCUGGUGGUAACCUUCCUCCGAUACCUGGUGUGGUGUUUGUUGUCCUGCUGGCUGUGAUCGCGCUCAUACUCUUCAUCAUCAAAAGGAAGCUGAGAGCGGCUGGAGGUGAGACAGCUGAAGGUGAGUUACUGAUGGGAGGAACAUCCUCGGUUAUCCAAUUCAUGAUGGAGACAGGUGUUGUGACAGGACAGACGAGAGAGGGUGAGGUGGAGGCAGAUGAUCCGCUGUGGUCACAUCUGAAGGGAGAAAGAAGAAGACGAAGAUCACAUCCUGGUAACGUUUACAGCAACAUUCAAAAACAAGAAGACCAACAGGAAACCAGCCGAGCUGUGGAGGACGUCAGCUACGCCUCCUUCCACUUCACACAGAAAAAACAGGAGAGCAGGCACGUGGGCGAGGGCGAGGACGCCGUCAUCUACUCGACAGUAGCCAGCUGAGGCAGAAGCCACCUCUCACUCACAGCCACAGAACCAAAUGAAACACAGAGACGACAGGAGGAGCUGCAGAAGCUCCGUUUGCUGCAGCUUCAGUCUGACUUUCAUACAGCAGCAUGUUGAUUAUUGUGGCUGAAAUUCUGAAAACAUUCAGAAAAUUAUAUAUUUGCCUUCAAUACAAGCUGAAAACAUGCCUUUAACCUGUUUUGUUCAUUUCUGAUGGAGGCUUUAAAUGUACUUAUUGUAAAACAAACAUUUAAAACCUUAUAAAAUAAAUUAAAACUAUGAGGAAACAAGA